GCAGUGUAGAGGGGAGGAAGGCAGUGUAGAGGGGAGGAAGGCAGUAUAGAGGGGGGGAACUGCUAUUGAAAACAUAACUGUGAGGAAUUUAGGGGUUUUCAACAUGGCCUCAGAUGAUACCCUGUACAUCGAAACGGACGGCUCGGAGAUGCCAGCCGAAAUAGUGGAACUUCAUGAAAUCGAAGUGGAGACAAUCGAGACAACAGUUGUUGGAGAGGACGACGAUGAACAGCCUAUGAUCGCGUUACAGCCCCUCGACUCAGAUGAUCCACACUCAAUGCAUCACCAGGAGGUAAUAUUGGUGCAAACCCGAGAAGAGGUGGUUGGUGAAGAUGAUUCGGACAUGCACGGGGACGAUGAUUACGAGGACCAAAUUCUUAUACCUGUCCCAGUCCCUGCCGCGGAAGAGGAAUACAUCGAACAGACUCUGGUGACUGUCGCUGGGAAGAGCUCGGGGCGGAUGAAGAAGGGGGGAAGCGGGAAGAGAAAUAAAAAGAGCUACUUGGGUGCACCGGAGUCCAGUGGUAGAAAAUGGGAACAGAAACAAGUCCAGAUAAAGACUUUGGAAGGAGAGUUUUCGGUGACGAUGUGGGCAUCGGAUGACAAGAAGGACAUUGACCAUGACACUAUGGUGGAGGAGCACGUCAUUGGGGAUAAUUCCCCUCCCGAUUACUCAGAGUACAUGACAGGGAAGAAGCUCCCGCCCGGGGGCAUCCCAGGGAUCGACCUGUCAGACCCCAAACAGCUGGCAGAGUUCGCUAGGAUGAAGCCACGGAAAAUAAAGGAGGACGACUCUCCCAGGACGAUAGCUUGCCCCCACAAAGGAUGCACUAAAAUGUUCAGGGAUAACUGUGCGAUGAGGAAGCACUUACACACGCACGGACCACGUGUUCACGUCUGCGCCGAAUGUGGAAAGGCCUUUGUCGAAAGCUCCAAACUGAAGAGGCAUCAACUUGUUCAUACCGGAGAGAAGCCUUUCCAAUGCACAUUUGAGGGCUGCGGAAAGCGGUUCUCCCUGAACUUUAACUUACGCACGCAUGUGCGGAUUCACACUGGAGACCGACCCUACGUCUGUCCAUUCGACGGCUGCAACAAGAAGUUUGCCCAAUCCACCAACCUCAAGUCUCACAUCCUCACACACGCUAAAGCUAAAAACAAUCAGUGACUGUGAACCAACUAACCACCGUGAGGAUAUCCCCCCCAAUCAUAUCUUCACCACGGCAGAAGCGUCACACCCCCUAAGAGCUAUGAUGUUAAUUUCUUGGACCUGUACCCGAAAAGAAAAAGUUAUUUAAAAACUGCAGCACCCAAAGAGAAAGAAUCGACAUUUAAAGUUAAAAGUUCUUCUCCAUCAGCAUCUCGAAAGAAUAGCUUUUUAAUUUUGUACGUUUUUUCUAAGUGCCCGGGUAGUCAGCAUGUUAGCUCUUAUGUGACAUCACUUAAUAUCUCAAUCACCCAGCAGCCAGGUGUGCCAGAAUCAACGCAUCACUUCCCAAUUGACUAUAAUUUAAAUUUGAUUGGGUAGUAAGGCAAAAAGAAGGCGGGAUUGUGUUUCCUAUAACGCGAUUGGUCAAAGGUCUACCAUUUAUCUUGGAAGGUGUAACUCACCAUCAAAACGUUUCAAUUUGAUAUUCAAAGGCUGUUGUGUCUGCAGCAGUGUGAAUGCGCGUAUUUGUCACACCCUGGCUCUGGGACUCUAUAUGUUGAGCCAGGGUGUGUGCAUUCUAUGUGUUCUGUUUCUUUG